AUGGCGUCUUCUGGAGAGGAAUAUUGUUAUUGUGGCUCACAAUUGGUCCUCCAAUUUUAAGGUUUACCGAAGGACAGUAAAAGUGAUACCAGCAAUUAUCAACAUAAUCUUAUAAACAAUUUUUUUUGCAAAAUGCGUCGGGCAGGCGCAGCUAGAAAUCGAAAACAAACUUUGAAAGUUUUAAAGGAACUCGAUGCUUUCCCAAAAGUUCCUGAAAAUUAUCAAGAAACAUCCGCUAGUGGUGGUUCAGUGUCCAUCAUUAUUUUCUUAUUUAUUGGAAUUCUUGUGACAUCCGAGUUCUGGUAUUACAGAGGAGUUGAAACCAAAUAUGAUUAUGAAGUUGACACAGAUACUGACAGUAAACUUCAAAUAAAUGUUGAUAUGACGGUAGCAAUGCAAUGUGAUGAUAUUGGAGCAGAUGUAUUGGAUUUAUCUGGCUCUUCAUUAGAAUUAGGAGACAAACUUGCUUUAGAACCUACGUACUUUGAGUUAACUGAGGAUCAAAUGAGUUGGUUGAGAAUGUUUAGACAUAUGCAUGCAUUUGUGGAGGGCUACAGAGCGCUGAAGGUCCUUGAGGAGUUUAACAAUAAUGGACCCACCUACAUGCCUAGAAGAAAGGAUGGAGAAAAACAAGACAAACCUUAUGAUGCUUGUCGAGUCCAUGGUUCCUUUGAGGUUAACAAAGUGGCUGGAAAUUUUCACAUUACAGCUGGCAAGUCCAUUUAUCACCCCAGAGGACAUGCCCAUCUGAGUGCUUUUGUGCCAUCUGAUUCAUUUAACUAUUCUCACAGGAUUGAUGCUCUCUCCUUUGGUCCCUGGGCACCUGGUCAUAUAAACCCACUUGAUGGAGAUCUUGUGACAACAGACAAAAAACUGCAGAUGUACCAAUAUUACAUUAAGAUUGUACCAACCACAAUCAAAUCACUAAAUGGUCAAGUUACAAAGACAAACCAAUACUCAGUAACACAAAGGAUCCGAGAAAUAAAUCAUGAGGCGGGAAGCCAUGGAAUUUCUGGAAUCUUCUUUAAAUAUGACAUGUCAUCCAUAAUGGUACGAGUUGAAAGUCGUCACAGAUCAUUCUGGGGUUUCUUGGUACGUCUUUGUGGAAUUGUAGGAGGCAUAUUUGCCACUUCAGGCAUGAUGCACUCACUCAUUGGUUUCUUGUUUGAUGUAAUAACUUGCCAGUUUCAGAAGAAAAAAGAGGAAAAGUCCCUCAAAAUGUCACAGAUCCCCUCAGAAACAUCUGUAGUCCAGCCAAAUGGCUUAUCACCUGAACAACCAUCACAGAGCCAAGAGCCUGUUGUCAGCUUUUCCCAUGAAGGAGUAGAUCCAAGUGUUAAUGUUGUUCCACCAGCAAAUGAGGCGUUAACAAACCAAUCACCAGUGAUAACAUGAUACAAGUGGACUCAAUUGAAAAAUUUAGUGACUUUAAGAUUCUUAUCCUCCUUCAUUUUAAUGAAAACUUGGGAAAUUCCUGAAGUCAUUCCCCAUAACAAAGAUUUAUUGUGACUGUCACAGAUCUUUUUAGAAAAUCAACUACCAUCAUCAUAAACACAUUGUUGCACACCCCAAGCCCUCUUGUGCAUUGACUUGUACUGAAAUACCACUGCUUUAUUAUCCAACUUAAAGUCUGAAAAAGAAUGUAAAUAUACUAGCCAGAACAUUUCUUCAGUUUUUAAUUACUUUUGAAGCCUUUGGAAAGAAAAUUAAAUAUAAACUAAAACCUGCGUUACAGGGGGGAAUCCUCAUGAGUCACUAACAUUGUACCAAAAAAGGUGUUAUGAUGUUUUUGUGUUUUGAUAAACUGAAUGAGAACUUAUUUGUUUUAUUUCCAAUCCUAUGAGGUGCAUGUAACAAUUCUUCAUCAACAAUGAAUUGCUUAUUUAGAUUAAAAUCCCACAAAGGUA